AUGAGUCCAGAGCGUUACACAGCCAGUGUUUUUCUAUGUGCUUUUCCGUGACGGGAAAUUUCUUAUCUGUCAGAGAGGAGAGAUUUUCAGGUGGUGGGCUGAGGUGGUGACGGUGUAUGUGGAAGGAGGAGAUGGUUCCUUCAGCAGGAUGGACCGGAAGAAAGUUGUGCCCGGGUUCGUGCCCUGCUGCCUGUUCCUCGCGCUGUGCGUGUCUGCAGUGGUCACUGAAGGUGGAUACUUGAAUAUUGUGCAGAGUUCAGCUCCCCUCUACUGUUCAGAAGGCUUUACGGAACUGGGCUACUAUAAUGGCUCAAUUUCCCAAACAGACUCAGGCUCCCCCUGCCUCAAAUGGACAGACUUCCCAGACUACAUGCAGCAGUACCCGGGCCGAGGCCUGGGAGACCACAGCUACUGUCGAAACCCAGACCGAGAGGCCAACCCCUGGUGCUUCUUCAGGCAGAGCUCUGGUGCCAUUGGCUGGGCCUACUGCGACUGCCAUCAGGGUGCAGCCAGAUUGGUGGGGGGAUCAUCAGGUAACAGUGGUCGUCUGGAGGUCUACCUAAAUGGCCAGUGGGGGGCAGUAUGUGACACACACUGGACUGACCGUGAAGCUAGCGUCAUAUGCAGACAGCUCGGACUGGGGGAGGUCGGUACAGCCCUGCAGCAUUCCUACUUCGGCCCAGGUUCCGUCUUCCACUUUGAACGUCUGGGUUGCCGCGGUAAUGAGAAUUCCCUACUGGAAUGCCGUAGCAGGAAGUUUGUCACCAGCGACUGUUACCAUGGCCAUGAAGCAGGGGUGGUUUGUGCCGAACCUGAAGGCACUGGCAUCCCUUUAAGGCUGGUGGGAGGCCUGGAGGACUUUGAGGGCCGUGUCGAGGUGUACCAUAAUGGCAAGUGGGGAACCGUCUGCAAUAAUCAGUGGGAUGACACUGAUGCUGAGGUGGUGUGCCGACAGUUGAACCUGGGGGGUGUGGCCAAGGCGUAGACAGGGGCCCACUUUGGUCAGGGUGAUGGUCCCAUCUUCCUGGAUGGGGUUCAGUGUACAGGCAAUGAGCUCUCUCUGGAGGAGUGUCCUCAUAACCCCUGGGAGCAACACAAUUGUGAUCACAUGAAAGAUGCAGGGGUGUCCUGCAACCCAUACACAGACGGUGCAGUUCGUCUGGUGGGAGCGGACAGUCACUGGGAGGGUCGUGUGGAGAUAUACCACCAGGGACAAUGGGGCACUGUUUGCGAUGACAACUGGACUGAGAUCAACGCCCAGGUAGUGUGUAGACAACUGGGCUUCAGGGGCCAUGCAGAGGUGGCUCCUGAUGGGGUGUAUGAAGAAGGUCGAGGGCUUAUCCUUCUGGACGAGGUGCAGUGUCGAGGAACAGAGGCCAGUUUACUGGCUUGCUCCCACUCUGAGUGGGGCCAACAUGACUGCUCUCACAGUGAGGAUGUAGGUGUCCGCUGUGAGAGGAGAGGUGAUACCAAUGAGAUACCAGACCUUUUGCCCUCUAUUGGCCCUCUGGUGCGUUUGGUUGCUGGAGAGAGCAGGAAAGAGGGUAGAGUGGAGGUCUUCAUAAACGGCCAGUGGGGAAGUGUGUGUGAUGAUGGCUGGAAUGAUGUCAAUGCAGCUGUAGUUUGCAGACAGAUGGGAUUCAUGGGUGUGGCUAAAGCUCGAUCCAUGGCAUACUUUGGUGAGGGUCAAGGUCCCAUCCACCUGGACAACGUUCGAUGCUUGGGUGCUGAGAUGUCCUUAGGACAGUGUUCGGCUGUGGGUCAGGAUAGCCAUGACUGUCGCCACAGUGAGGAUGCAGGUGUCAUCUGUGACUACACCCUGGAUCCUGUGGGAGAUGCUGCUGUGGCCAUGCGGACCUGUGGUCUGAGACUCAAUAACCAGCGUCGCAGACGCAGGAUCAUAGGAGGAGAUAAGUCACUGAGGGGUGAGUGGCCCUGGCAGGUGUCUCUGUGGCUCAGGUCUCAGUCUAAAGGAAAUCAUCCUUUGUGUGGAGCAUCACUCAUCAACCCCUGCUGGGUUGUGACUGCUGCCCACUGCUUUAAGAGAUUUGGCAGAGACCCGACCCGCUAUGUGUUGCGCCUGGGUGACUACCAUACUGAGGAGCAGGAUGACUUUGAACGCACCUUGUCCCCUGAACGCAUUGUUAUCCACAGAAAAUACCACAACCAGGGCUGGGAGUACGACAUCGCCCUGCUGCGGCUCAAAGGCACAGAGGGCAACUGUGUAGCAUUUAACCCUCACACUGGUGCAGUGUGUCUGCCAGAGCCAGGUAACAAGUGGGAGAAGAGGCCGGCUGCCUGUGUGAUCACUGGCUGGGGCAUCACAGACUCGGAGUACUCCCGAACUCUGCUCCAGGCCUGGGUCCCCUUGCUUCCAGCCUGGAAGUGUAAGAAGCGUUACAGUGAUCGCUUCACCAGCCGCAUGCUGUGUGCUGGGAGCCUGUCGGAGCGCCACCGUGUGGACAGUUGCCAGGGUGACAGUGGGGGUCCGCUGGUUUGUCAGGCAGAGGGGGGCCAUUGGGUGCUGACAGGAGUCAUCUCGUGGGGUCAUGGCUGUGGUAACCCUUCAUUUCCUGGAGUGUACACACGUGUUAGCAGGUUCCUGCGAUGGAUUGACAAGGUCAUCAGCAAACCCUACAAGACCUAAUAAAAGA